AGAACACCAAGACAGUCCGGAAAGAUCAACAGAGUAGGAGCGGAGCAGUACAGGGUGUAUUCAGCAGGACUGGUUUAAAGUCAAGAUGUGUCAGCGGAUUGAUGAGUUGGAGAAACUCAGCUGGUUCCAUCCCAACUUGAAUCGUCACACCGCUGAAAGUAUGCUGAUGCAGAAUGCAGAUAAUGGCAUCUACCUGCUUCGUGCCAGCUCCAAAGUUGGGGAGUAUGCCAUUUCCGUCAGAUGUGACCAGUCAGUGAAACACUUCAAUCUCACAUGGAAUGGCACAGAGUUCAAGUUUGGCCACGGGACGUUCAAGACGAUCAAGGAUCUGCUGUUUCACUUUGACAACAAACCCCUGAUAGGCGGAGAGUCUGGUCAGCUGGUGCUACUCACUCAGCCCUACCCACGUGACAUCGAGGAGCCCCAGAUGUACGAAUAUGUCACCGUGCAUGCAGAACUAUCCUCAGCAGAUACCAAUGAACAAAGGUCAGAUUUCUCGAUCAACUCAAAGGAGGGUUUCCUCACUAAGAUAGGAGCUCAUUUCAAGACGUGGAGGACUCGGUGGUUUGUGCUGCAGAAACACGAGUUAAAGUAUUACAAGCAGAACACGGACAAACACCCCAUACGGACCCUCGACCUGAAACACUGCUCUGAAUGUUGUCGUGACUUCUCUCACAAGGACAAGCAAUACGUGUUCAGGUUAAAGUUUGACUGGCGGACAUUCUACAUUUAUGCCACAUCCGAGCAGGAGAUGAACGAAUGGAUGAAGGUGAUCAACUGGAGGCUGAAACCACGGACAUGAAGAGUGUUUGUGUCAAGAAAUGGCUGACUGCAUGAGUGGACGUUGGUGUGAGACUGUAUGGUCAACUAAUCAUCUGCUGAUACAAGGGAGCCUGCUGGGUCGUGACCUUGACCUCAUUCGUUCAACUUGAAGCAUGGUUGUGGGCUUUAGGACUGUCUGUUACCAUGGUUACCAGUGAUGUAACCGAGGUGGGUUGGUCAGCGACUGCUCUGGUCCCGUUGAAGGAAGAUUUGUAUCUGAGAGUGUCUGACAUCUACAUUAUCCAGCGUAUGUGUUUAUUCUAUUAUGAUAAAAACUUAGACCCAUUCGCCACCAAAGCUUUGUUAAGAUGUGACUUCAUCACCACCAUCUCUCGUAUCACCAUCUUGGCACAGAAUUUCCGUUGCUCAUGACCUUGAAAUAUACAACCAAUCAAAAUGCCUCUACUAAACAUGAGUACGGCAUAUAUCCACAUUCAAAAUCACAGUCUUGCACAUGCAAGUCCUCGAUAUAUCCCCGUGUUAUUGGUUUUCAGACGCUUAAGAAACAUUCAUAGUUGUUACUCUAAUCACAAGAACAACUGUAAAACAUCUCACUCAGUUAUAAAAGAUGACUUUAUCUUAAAAACAGGCCAUCAUCUGAGUAUUUAAAAUGUCUGUGUGACGCCAAUCCUCUAGCUAUAGCGUGAGUAAUCGCGAUAAACAUGGCCAUCCGAAAACGUAUGAUGUCCGAAAACCUAUGAUCCGAGGAUAUUAAAUACAAUCAGAAGACUGUUUAUACUGAACUUGUGGCUGGAAAGAGGUUUUCAUGAUUAUUAGGAUGUCAGGGUAGUCCUUAUGUUACAAGACGUUCACAGUUCUAUUUGAGACAUCUCACAGUUCUAUUUGAGACAUCUCACAGUUCUAUUUGAGACAUCUCGCAACAAUUCAAGGUGAGGCAGCUUCUUGCUUCAAUAAUGAAAGAACAAUGUAAUUUGAUUUGUCGAUAGUUUAUAGCGUCAUGUCAUUCCAACUGGUCUCAAACCGAAUAAAUGGCAGUGAAUUGAUCAAGGGUAUCUAUCAUAAUAGAAUGGAGAUAUGUUACACUGGAGGUUAAAAGUCUGUAAGCUCUCUAAUUGAUAGAAAUGUAUUCUAUGUUCUGACAUUUCCUAUUGCUUUUACUUAUGUAGACAGAUGACAGGUAUGAUGUUGACUGGUGCGAGAGAUUUGUAUGUUGUGUAACUGACGAUUGUUAGUUUUGGUGUAAUGGUGGGUUACCAUCCUCAAGUCAAGUUAUUUUCAGCCUUUUGGGGUCUAUCUCCCCAUCAAUCUGAAUGGCACCUGCUACCUUUGAUAAACAAAGUCUGAAGGCAGACUGUAAGCAAGGUCUACAAUGAGCAAACUGUGAUAGGUCUGCUGGAUACACAAUCUCUCGGAGCUGUUGUUGUCAUCACUCUCACUCUUGUUAUUCUCUGUAAUAUACUGGCAUAUCAUAGCUUAGGGAACUCUGUUUUACAACAUACUUUAAUAUCCUCCUUUAUCAUAUACUGGUGUAUAACAUAAUGAUGUGUCAUACUACAUAACAUGCUGGUAUAUGACAGGGGUAUAUCAUGUUUCAUGGCAUACUUGUAUGAUACUGUCUGAAAAUACUUGCAUGUCAUACGUUUUGGUUAACCUGUUGCAGUACACUGGUACAUGGACUGAUACCUGACUAUGAUGUUAUGGUAAAACACAAUGGACAUCUUUAACAUCAUUCCUUAUCUGUUUAUGAUACACUGCCUUAUGACAUGUUAUACUGGUAGAAAACUGGUAUGAUUCUGGUAGAAUACUGUUAUGGCAUACUGGUAGAAUACCAGUAGAAGACUGUUAUGGUAUAGUGGUUGAAUACUGGUAUGGUAUACUGGUAGAAUACUGGUAUGGCAUACUUGUAGAAUAAUGUUAUGGCAUACUGGUAGAAUACCAGUAGAAGACUGUUAUGGUAUACUUGUAGAAUACUGUUAUGGCAUACUGGUAGAAUACUGGUAUGGCAUAUUUGUAGAAUAAUGUUAUGGCAUACUGGUAGAACACUGGUAUGGUAUACUGGUAGAAUACUGGUAUGGCAUACUUGUAAAAUAAUGUUAUGGCAUACUGGUAGAAUACCAGUAGAAGACUGUUAUGGCAUACUGGUAGAAUACUGGUAUGGCAUACUUGUAGAAUAAUGUUAUGGCAUACUGGUAGAACACUGGUAUGGCAUACUUGUAGAAUAAUGUUAUGGCAUACUGGUAGAACACUGUUAGGGCAUACUUGUAGAAUACUGGUAUGGCAUACUGUUAGAACACUGGUAUGGCAUACUGGUAGAAUACUGGUAUGGCAUACUUGUAGAAUACUGUUAUGGCAUACUGGUAGAACACUGGUAUGGCAUACUUGUAGAAUACUGGUAUGGCAUACUGGUAGAACACUGGUAUGGCAUACUUGUAGAAUACUGUUAUGGCAUACUGGUAGAAUACUGUUAUGGCAUACUGGUAGAACACUGGUAUGGCAUAAUUGUAGAAUACUGGUAUGGCAAAAGGUUAGAACACUGGUAUGGCAUACUUGUAGAAUACUGGUAUGGCAUACUUGUAGAAUACUGUUAUGGCAUACUGGUAGAAUACUGUUAUGGUAUGCUGGUUGAAGACUGGUAUGGUAUGGUAUGCUGGUAGAAUACUGGUAUGGCAUACUGUUAGAACACUGGUAUGGCAUAAUUGUAGAAUACUGGUAUGGCAUACUGUUAGAACACUGGUAUGGCAUACUUGUAGAAUACUGGUAUGGCAUACUUGUAGAAAACUGGUAUGGCAUACUGGUAGAAUACUGGUAUGGUAUGCUGGUUAAAGACUGGUAUGGUAUGCUGAUUGAAGACUGGUAUGGUAUGGUAUGCUGGUAUAAUACUAUCGUGAUAAUGUACAUGAAUUAUGGGUAUGGUAGUUUAGUAGGCUGUAUCAUAUUCUUACGUAUACCAUGAUCACAUGGCUAAUAAUGUCCUUUUGUCACAAUGGAAACAUGUUUAUGUAGCAAUUGUAUUAAGCAAACCCGUAUCCAAUAUACUGCUUGUCAGUAAGUAUCAUACUGUAUGGUAUACUAGAUCAUCAUAGUGAAUAACAUUUCAUGCUUUAAACUGUGUACGAUACCAGUAUGGUUUGACAAGGAUUGUCUACUAUAGUCUGAUAUUUUAGAAUGCUGCAUGUGUGAGGGUGUGUGAGUGAGUGUGCAUGUGAGUGAGGGUGAGUGUGCAUGUGUGUGCUUAUGUGUGAGUGUGUGCAUGUGUGUGAGGGUGUGUGUGCUUAUGUGUGAAUGUGUG